GUGUACUUGAAGUAAUUAGCCAAGUGACUUCUCUUCCUUUUCUCGUUGUUUUUAUCGCAGUUACCUUUCACUCUUCUACACUCUACUUUGUAUCAUCAUAAGUAUUUUUAUUCAUCUUUAAUUUAUUUGUUUUAUAAUGGAACUCGCUAAGACUCCAAUCAAUGUUCUUAAAAACAUUUGUGCCAAGAAUAACUGGACCGUUGAUUAUAAUAUGAUCUCCGAGGAAGGCAGAGUCCAUGAACCAACUUUUACUUUCCGUGUUUUUAUUGAAGAAACUCAACUAUCGGCUAUCGCUGCUGGAUUCAGUAAAAAGAAGGCAAAGCAAGCUGCAGCUUUCCAAGCAUUGAAGAUUCUCGCUGAACAGGAUGAAGAAGCAGCUCAAGAGCUUGCCGGAUUGGAAGAAGCCGUCCCUUGUGAAAAAGAAGCUGAUACAGCUGUAGACAAAUCUAACCCUGUUGGCAAAUUACAAGAAAUUUGUAUGAAAAAGAAAUGGGCACCUCCACUAUAUCUGACAGAUGAAGAAGAUGGUCCACCACAUGCCAAGAUUUUCACAAUUACCUGUAAAUUAGAGAAUUUAGACCUUGAUUCGCAAGGAAGAGACAAGUCAAAGAAGGGCGGUAAAAAGAUUGCAGCACAAGAAAUGCUAAGGCUUCUGGAGCUUAAAGGACUAUAUGAUGCCCAAGAUGAUUCGGUAAAAGCCAUAAAGGAAAAAGUCGAGUCAUUACCAACUAUUGAAAAUUUGCAUCCAGUCGAAGAAUAGUUACUUUUUUAGAUUCAAAAUCUAUUUUUUAUACAUGGAUAUUCCUCCCUUUAAUCUAAUGUUUUCUAUGAUUUACAAUUCUAUUAUAAUUAGAUAAAUCUAACUUUUACGUUCACUAGAGAUUGUGUAAAAAGUGUUUUUGCAAUAUCUAGUUUAAAAUACAUUUCUAGCUUUAAAUUUAA